AUGGGUAGACCAGACUUACCAGAAGAAGCCGAAUUAAAUCCAGAACUUUACGGUUUAAGAAGGUCACAUCGUGAACGAAGAGGUCCAGUUAUUGUUGAAUCAGAUUCCGAAGAAGAUGAAGUUCGACCAACGCGAAAAAGGAAGAAGAUUAAUGAUGAUUAUGAUGAAGAUAUGUCAGACGAAGAUGAUGAUAACAUUGAUGAAGAGGAAGAUGAUUUUGAUUAUGAUGAUGAUUUCGGUAGUAGUAAGAAAAAGAAAAAGAGGACUUCAAAAGCUUCUUCAUCUUCUAAAAAGAAGAAGUUGUCAAAAAAACAGGCUAAAUCUACCCCAUCUCCACCAGCUGAGCUUAGAUUUUCUACGAGAAAUAGUAAGCAAGUCAACUAUGCCAUUGAUUACGAUGACGAUGACGAGGAUUUAAUGGAAAGUGAACCGGAAAUGGACGAGGAUGACGACGAAGGAGAUUAUUACUAUUAUCAACAAGCCAAUGAACCAGAAAACGAGCGUGGAAUAGAUAUUGUCAUGGACCAUAAAAUUAAUGAGGAUAAUACCGAGCUUACGAAUGAUCCUAAAUUGGAUUAUCUUUUCAAAGUUAAAUGGACUGACGCUUCACAUUUGCAUAACACUUGGGAAAAAUACCAAGACUUGAAAAACUACAAAGGAUUUAGAAAAUUAGACAAUUAUAUCAAACAGUUUAUCAUAUAUGAUCAAGAAAUUAGAAAUGAUCCUUUGACUACAAAGGAAGACAUAGAGUCUAUGGAUAUUGAAAGAGAAAGAAAAAGAGACGAACAGGAAGAAUAUACACAGGUUGAAAGAAUAGUUGACAGCGAAAGAAUCGAAUCUGACGAUGGUACCACCAAAUUACAAUAUUUUGUUAAAUGGAAACGACUUUACUAUGAUGAAUGUUCCUGGGAAGAUGCAGAAGAAAUUGCAAAAAUUGCUCCUGAACAAGUUAAAAAAUACCAACAGAGAUUAAACUCAAAGAUUUUGCCAAGUCUUUCAGCCAAUUACCCUCAAUCACAGAGACCAAGAUUUGAAAAAUUAUUCAAACAACCAGUUUUCAUAAAGAAUGGUGAAUUAAGAGAUUUCCAGUUGACAGGGUUGAAUUGGAUGGCGUUUCUUUGGUCAAGAAACGAGAAUGGUAUUUUGGCAGAUGAGAUGGGAUUAGGUAAAACCGUUCAAACUGUUGCCUUUUUGUCAUGGUUAAUUUAUGCUAGAAGACAGAAUGGUCCACACUUGGUGGUGGUUCCAUUAUCCACUGUCCCUGCUUGGCAAGAGACUUUUGAAAAAUGGGCUCCAGAUGUCAAUUGUAUUUACUAUUUGGGUAAUGGUGAGGCAAGAAAAAACAUCAGAGACUAUGAAUUCUACAACCAAAAUAACAAACCAAAGUUUAAUAUUUUAUUAACAACAUAUGAGUAUAUCUUGAAAGAUAAAACAGAACUUGGUUCAUUUAAGUGGCAAUUUUUAGCUGUUGAUGAAGCACAUAGAUUGAAAAAUGCUGAAUCAUCAUUGUAUGAAGCGUUGAAAAGUUUUAAAGUCUCCAACAGAUUAUUGAUCACUGGUACUCCAUUACAGAAUAAUGUUAAAGAAUUGGCUGCAUUGUGUAACUUUUUGAUGCCAGGUAAGUUUAAUAUUGAUCAAGAAAUUGAUUUUGAUAGUAUUGACAAGGAGCAAGAACAGUAUAUUAAAGAUUUACAAAAGAAAAUCAAUCCAUUUAUUUUAAGACGUUUAAAGAAAGAUGUUGAAAAGUCGUUACCAUCAAAAUCAGAACGUAUUUUAAGAGUUGAGUUGUCUGAUAUUCAAACAGAAUAUUACAAGAACAUCAUCACUAAGAAUUAUGCCGCAUUAAAUGCUGGUAAUAAAGGUUCUCAAAUUUCGUUGUUGAAUGUUAUGAGUGAAUUGAAGAAAGCAUCCAAUCACCCAUAUUUGUUUGAUGGUGCUGAAGAAAGAGUCUUGGAAAAGGCUGGUUCAUAUUCAAGAGAGAAUACUCUUAGAGGUAUGAUUAUGUCAUCAGGUAAGAUGGUAUUGCUUGAACAAUUGUUGACUAGAUUAAAGAAAGAAGGUCACAGAGUGUUGAUUUUCUCACAAAUGGUUAGAAUGUUGGAUAUUUUAGGUGAUUACAUGUUUAUCAAAGGUUACCAAUUUCAAAGAUUAGAUGGUACAAUUCCAUCUUCACAAAGAAAAAUAUCUAUUGAUCAUUUUAAUGCUCCGGAUUCCAAGGAUUUUGCAUUCUUAUUGUCCACUAGAGCUGGUGGUUUAGGUAUUAACUUGAUGACUGCUGAUACUGUUAUUAUUUUUGAUUCAGACUGGAAUCCUCAAGCAGAUUUGCAAGCCAUGGCUCGUGCUCAUAGAAUUGGUCAGAAAAACCAUGUUUCUGUUUAUCGAUUUGUCAGUAAAGAUACAGUUGAAGAACAGAUUUUAGAAAGAGCUAGAAAGAAGAUGGUUCUUGAAUAUGCUAUUAUUUCUUUAGGUAUAACGGAUCCAAAUGCCAAGAAGAAUGGUAAAACAGAUCCAUCUACAAGUGAAUUGAGUCAAAUUUUGAAAUUUGGUGCGGGAACCAUGUUUAAGGAAAACAAUAACCAACAAAAGUUGGAGAACUUGAACUUGGAUGAUGUUUUGAGUCAUGCUGAAGAUCAUGUCACAACUCCUGACUUGGGUGAAUCUAACUUGGGUUCUGAGGAAUUCUUGAAACAAUUUGAGGUUACUGAUUAUAAAGCUGAUGUUGAAUGGGAUGAUAUUAUUCCACAAGAAGAGUUGACCAAGUUGAAAGAUGAAGAAAAGAGAAAAGCCGACGAACAGUAUUUGCAAGAACAAAUUGCCAUGUUUUCUAGAAGAAAAGCUGCCAUGCGUAAAUUUGAGAAUGGCUCUACAGUUCCAAGUGAUGUUGAAGAUAGUGCUGAGGAUGCAAGACCUGCAAGAAGAAGAAAUGCUGGAGAUCAUCAAUUGUCUGAAAAGGAAAUUAGAGGUAUUUACAGAUCUAUUUUGAAAUGGGGUGAUUUAAGUGGUAAAUGGGAACAGUUAGUCGAAGAAGGUAGUAUCACUAAUAAGAAUCCCGUUUUGGUGAAACAUGCAUAUAAUGAAAUAAUCAACACCUCAAAACAAUUGGUAAAAGAAGAAGAAGCAAGACGUUCACAAGUUCUCGCUGAAUUAGAAAGAAAAGCAGAAGAACAGAAAUCAAGACCGCCAAACCCAGGUGAACCUAACCAAACUGCAUUAUGGCUUGCCAAAAAGAAAGAAAAGAAGGCUGUUUUAUUUGAAUAUCAAGGUGUUAAAAAUAUCAAUGCUGAAAUUGUGUUAAACAGACCUAUUGAUAUGAAACUUUUAGAAAAGAUGAUACCGAAUGACGAUCUUAUGAGUUUCCAAUUACCUAAACAUCCAAAGUCUGUACAAUCAUGGAGUUGUGCAUGGACCCCAAGAGAUGAUGCCAUGUUAUUGGUUGGUGUUUAUAAAUUUGGUUAUGGUUCAUGGGUUCAAAUUCGUGAUGAUCCAUUAUUGGGACUUCAAAAUAAAUUAUUCUUAGAAGGUGCACCACCUCCAUCAAGUAAAGAUAAACCUGCAAACACAGCGACAUCUUCAACAACAACAGCAACAACAACAACUGGGAACAAUGGUGCCACUACAGAUGCAUCUGCUAUAGCAACAAAACCAGAAGGAAAGGAGUCUUCUAAGAAAGUGCCAGGAUCUGUUCAUUUAGGUAGAAGAGUUGAUUAUUUAUUUACUUUGCUUAAAGACGACGAUGGAUCAAACACUCCUGUUGGUGCUACUAGAAAGAGGGUGAGAAAACCAACCCCAACUCCAUCGAAUAUUUCACAUGGUCAUACCAAUGGUAGUAGGCCUAAGAAACCAAUUAAAUCCGAAACUCCUGAUAAAUUUGGCAAAAGUAAGAGACCACAGUCUGUACAAAGACAUACAUCUAGUGCUUCUCCAUCUUCUGCUGUGGGCGGUGGUGGUCAUGGUAGAGUGAAAGAAGAAAAGCGUGAAAAGGAAUAUGCCAGUAUGGAUGAAUCUAGAUGUAAAUCAGUCAUGCAACCGGUUGUGCUGUCAUUACAUAAAUUGCAUAAAGGAAGUAGAGGUUUAGAAAAACAUGAAUGGGCCAAAGUAUUAAAAUCGGAAUUGCUCAAGAUUGGUGACUUUAUUGAAACUGAGGUUGCAAAAGUUGGAGAAAAAGAUAAAUUGAGAAAACAUUUAUGGGGAUUCACUGGACUUUAUUGGCCAUCAAAAGUACCAAGUGAUAAGAUCAGUGCGAUGUACAGCAGAAUCAAAGGAUCUAAGUAA